GACUACACACACACACUCACGAAUACAUUCGAUAACGCUGCUUUACUAGCAGCAGUUAAAGCCCAUAGUACCUCAGCGGUAGUGUACUUGCCGAUUACGUGCGAAGAAUCAACGGAUUAGACGUUUACGGAACACAGUUGUAGCUGUGACGGUAUUAUUUUACAACUUAUCACAUUUAUUAAAAAAUAAUUUUGUUUUGUGUCCAUAGAUUUUGUAAUUUUUUUGUUAUUCAUUUCAAUUUUUGUCGUCACGUAACUCAGCUUAAUCUGUUUUGAGAUAAAAACAAUAACAACUAAGUGAUUUUUGUUGAUACCGGCCGUGGCGGUUAUUACUCGUUGUGAUAAAUAAAACAAUACUUUAGUGAAUGUUAAAUAAAAUUUUAUGUUAUAUCUAUUAAACGUGCCCAAAUAUUGGAUGUAGUGCGGAUCUGGAGGUACAAUCAUGAAGAAGACUGAUUGUUUUAGUGGCUUAAAGGCCACUCUUCUGACUGACCAAUAUGCUACUGAUGACACCUGUCUACAUCGUUUAUACCUUCGGUGGCUACGAUAGUAUCUAGUUGCUUGCACCCAUGUAUACUGUAUAUAUUAAACAUAUUUACAUUAAUCGAUAGACAAUGCUCGAUUUAAUCUUUCGAGUUCACCACAUUUAAAUUAAUUCUAUUAACUUUUAUACGGUUAUAAAGUCUUAAUUCGUUCUUCCUAAAAAAAAUUCAUCAUGCGACAAGGCCGGGGAGGACAGCGUAGUAAAAAAUGUUGUAGUAGGCGUGUUGCUUCUUCAAUAGCUUUACCAGCUACGUUAGUAGGUGGUGGAGGACCAGGAAAUGAUGAUCCUUCCUCAGCUGCAGCUGCAGCCGCUCAAGCAGCAGCCGCAGCAGCACAGGCUGCUGCAGUAUCAUGGAAAGGACAAAAUGAUGGUUCAGGUUUUCCAGGGGGAGUUGGUCCUGGAGGUCCUAUGGGUUAUGGACCUGGGCCUGGCUUAGGUGGCCCAGGACCAGGUGGUCCAUAUCAACAUCCAUCAGGUCAUCAAUCACCAUUUCAACAACAACAAGGCUCACCAGCGGGUUCAACUGGGGGAGGUGGGCCUUAUUCUGGCAAUACUACACCACAACACCCACAUCAAGGUGGUUAUAAUGCUAGUCCAGCACCUUCAGGAGGAUCUUCAACACCUGGAUUUGGAGUUGGAGGACCUGGAACUCCUAAUAAUGGAAAUACAGGAAGUGGUCCUCAAUUUAAUAGCAAUAAUGGUGGUCCAACAUCUGCAGGAGUUCCUUUUGGUUCUCCUUCAUCUGUAGGUUCAGGCCCAGGAAGUAGCCAACAAUUUGGAAAUAGUGGACCUGGUAGUCGACCAGGAUCUGGUCCACCACCAGGUUCCUUUAACAGUAACAAUCCUCAUUUUGGUGGAGGUAAUCAAGGGUAUGGAGGUCAAGUAAUGCCUCCUUCAGCUGGAUCUCCAUUUAGUGGAGGACCGCCACCUCAUCACAUGGGUGGUCCUGGUGGUCCCAUGCCUAACCAUACUGGUGGAAUGAUGGGUAGUGGUCCAGGUGGACUAGAUGGUCGAGGUCUUGUAGACCAUCCUUCAUGUUUCCCAAUGGGAAGUGGUGGUGGUGGUGGUGGUGGACGAAGAGGUGGUGGACAUAACAGUCCUUAUUACCAAGGUGGUCCUGGAGGACCUCAUGGAGGUGGUCAUCCACACCAACAACCACAACAUGGUGGUGGUCCACCCCCUCAUCAUGGCCAACCUCAUCCGGGUGGUCCACCACAUCCAGGUGGAGGGCAACACCAAGGACUUCCUGGUCAUCAUGGUCCUCCUGGAGGUACAUUACACCAUGGUCCACCAUCCCAUCAUGGACCACCAGGUGGCCCACAUCAUGGUCCUUUGCCACCUCAUCAUCAUCCUCACCCUUCUCAUCCUCACCCUCACCCACAGCACUUACAACCAGAUUAUCGAAUAUUUGAAUUGAAUAAACGACUGCAAAAUCGAAAUGAUGAAAGUGAUAACAUAUGGUGGGAACAAUUUGCUACUGAAUUUUUUGAGGAUGAUGCUACACUUACUCUUACAUUCUGUUUAGAAGAUGGACCCAAGCGUUAUUCAAUUGGACGGACACUAAUACCAAGGUAUUUUAGAAGCAUUUUUGAAGGAGGUGUAACAGAUCUCUAUUAUCAUUUGCGUUCUACAAAAGAAUCAUUUCAUACUACUAGUUUAACUUUAGAUUGUGACCAAUGCACUAUAAUCACAACACAUUUGCCAAAUCCCAAUCAAUCUCAACAAAACAAUGGUGCACCAAUAAAAGGAUCAGUGACACCUUCACCAGGUAUUGGUCCAGGUGCACCAACUUCUGGUCCUAAUAAUGGAGGAAUUUAUACUCGUGUAUGCACUGAAGGGAGGUUAACUUUAGAAUUCACUUAUGAUGAUUUGAUGCGUAUUCGCACAUGGCAUAUGGCUGUACGGCAACAUAGAGAACUUGUUCCUAGAGCUGCAGUAGCUAUGCUAUUAAUGCAGCAACAACAACAACAAAGUCAACAAAAUCAACAAAACCCUAAUCCUGAUCACAUGAUGUUUGAGCAGCAACAGCAUCAAAUAAUAACUAAAAAUAUUACUCGCCAAGGAAUUACAAAUUCAACACUUAACUAUCUUAGGCUUUGUGUAAUUUUGGAGCCUAUGCAAGAAUUAAUGUCAAGACAUAAGGCUUAUGCUUUGAGUCCUAGAGACUGUUUAAAAACCACACUGUUUCAAAAAUGGCAGCGCAUGGUUGCUCCACCAGAAUCUCAAAGACCCGCAAAUAAAAGACGUAAACGUAAAGGAUCUAAUUCUGGAGGAGGUGCUGGAGCGGGAGGAGCAGGCAGUGGACCUCCAUCAGGUCCAACUUCAAAUAGUGGUGGUGGUGGAGGAGGUGGUGGGGGUAAAAAAAGAUCACCCGGUCCAAAUUUUAAUCUUGCUUCACAGGAUGUAAUGGUUGUAGGAGAACCAUCAUUAAUGGGAGGUGAAUUUGGUGAUGAAGAUGAACGUCUUAUUACAAGACUGGAAAAUACACAAUAUGAUGCUGCAGCAGCCUUAGGUAGUGGACCAGGUGGAGCUAUUGGUCCAGGGCCAGGUGGUGUUGGAGGUCCUGGAUCUGUAGGAGGACCAGUAGGCAUGGUGGGAGAUUUAGGUGGACAUAUGGUUGGUGGACCAGGAGGUCCUGGUGGCCCACAUCAUGAUUCUGGAAUAAUCAACCCUUUCGGAGGUGGAGACCCGGGGCAACCUCCGUCCAACGGUCCCCCGGGAAGCGGCGGAAACGGUCCAAACAAUAACCAACAGCAAAACUCUUGGGGAGCUGGAGGACAGCAACAAAAUCAAAAUAAUGGACCAGGAAGUGUAGGACCUCCUUCCAAUAAUCCAAAUUCUGGAAAUCAAAACUCAUCUGGUCCUAAUAGUAAUAACCCCAAUAAUGGAAAUGGCAAUCAAGAUUCUCUGUCAUCUGAUAAAAAAUCACCAAGUAGCCUAUUAAAUUAAAUUAGAUAAUUUAAAACUGUGGUUAUAGAUUUUUUAAUUAAAAAACUGAAUGUUAGG